UGCCCCGCGCGGCUCCAGGUGUUCCGUCACCGUCGCUCUCACCUGCGGGAGCCGCAGGGCCGCUGGGAGGACGCCCGGAGGGUCCGGAGCGGGCGGAGAUGGACUUGGUGGUCUUUGAGGAUGUGGCUGUGGACUUCACCCCGGAGGAGUGGGCUUUGCUGGAUUCCGCUCAGAGGGAGCUCUACAGAGAGGUGAUGCUGGAAAACUUCAGAAACCUGGCCUCAUUGUAUGAUGAGACUCAAUUUAAGGCCAAUGGGUCAGUUUCUCAGCAGGAUAUUUAUGGAAAUAAAAUAGCAAAGUUCACCAGAAAUGAUUCCUGGGCCUCCAUCUUAGGAAAAAUUUGGGAAGAACUGAGCAUCAAAGAUCAGCACACAAAUCAGGGGAGACAUUUGAGAAAUCAUGUGGUGGAGAGACUCUGUGAACAUAAUGACCAGUGUGGGGAAGGCUUCAGUCAGACGCCAAAUCUUAAUGUUUACCAGAAAACUCUUAUUGGAGCAAAACAGGAUGAAUGUGCUGCAUAUGGAAAAGGCUUCGUGCAUCAUUCAUCCCUCGAGAGUCACAUCGCCCUUCACACCAGACACAAACCAUAUCAGUGUCAGGAAUGUGGGCACGCCUUCAGUUGUCGUUCCCACCUAAGAUCGCAUGUGAGAACCCACAAUGGAGAGAGACCCUAUGCGUGUAAAUUAUGUGGGAAAACUUUUCCUCGUACGUCUUCUCUCAAUCGGCAUAUAAGGAUUCAUACUGCUGAGAAGACCUAUGAAUGUCAGCAAUGUGGGAAAGGCUUCAUUGACUUUUCAAGUCUUACUAGUCAUGUGAGGACUCACACUGGAGAGAAGCCCUAUAAAUGUAAGGAAUGUGGGAAAGCCUUCAGUUAUUCCUCAACUUUUCGAAGACACAUGAUAACGCACACUGGAGAGAAGCCCUAUAAAUGCAAGGAAUGUGGCGAAGCCUUCAGUUAUUCCUCAACUUUUCGAAGACAUAUGAUUUCACACACUGGGGAGACACCACAUAAAUGUAAGGAAUGUGGGGAAGCCUUCAGUUAUUCCUCAGCUUUUCGGAGGCACAUGAUAACACACACUGGCGAGAAACCCUAUGAAUGUAAACAGUGUGGGAAAACUUUCAUUUAUCUUCAGUCCUUUCGAAGACAUGAAAGGAUUCACACUGGAGAGAAACCCUACGAAUGCAAACAAUGUGGGAAAACCUUCAUUUAUCCGCAGUCCUUUCGAAGACAUGAAAGGACUCACGGUGGAGAGAAACCCUAUGAGUGUAACCAGUGUGGGAAAGCCUUCAGCCAUCACUCGUCCUUCAGAGGACAUAUGAGAGUGCACACUGGAGAGAAACCUUAUGAAUGCAAUCAAUGUGGGAAGACUUUCAACUGGUCCAUAUCCUUGCGAAAACAUAUGAGAACACACACUAGAGAGAAACCGUAUGAAUGUAAACAAUGUGGGAAAGCCUUCAAUUUGUCAGCUUGCUUUCGAGAACACGUGAGAAUGCACCCCGGAGACAAAUCAUAUGAGUGUAAGCUCUGUGGGAAAGGUUUCUAUUGCCACAUAUCCUUGCAAAAACACAUGAGGAGGCACACUGCAGAGAAACUCUAUGAAUGCAAGCAGUGUGGGAAAGCUUUCAGUUGGCCUGAACUUUUGCAACAGCAUGUAAGAACCCACACUGCAGAGAAACCCUAUGAAUGUAAGGAAUGUGGGAAAGUCUUUAAAUGGCCGUCAUCUUUACCAGUACAUAUGAGAAUGCACACUGGAGAGAAACCUUACGAAUGCAAGCAAUGUGGGAAAGCCUUCAGUUGUUCCUCAUCCUUAAGAAGACAUGUAAGAAUACACACUGCAGAAAAACACUAUAUAUGUAAUGCGGGGAAUUCUCCUGCAAAUGAAUUCAUGCACAACACUGCAGAAAAUUCACAUCAGGAGAGAAAUCUUACAAAAGUUGUAAAUAUGGUAUUGCCUUUAUGAGUAUCUCAUCAUUAAAGUGGACCCUUGGGGAGUUGUGUAUUUCCAGUUCUUUUGCAAAUAAACAUUUAGGUGAAAAAUAAUUCU